AUGGCUUUUAUUCUGCAUUUAUUCAAUGCAACUGCACUUUCAAAGAUUGAGGUUUUUUACACACUUUAAAAUAGAGGCCAGUUGAUUGUUGUGUGAGAGAGGUGUUGUGAACACUGCAGCCAAACACAAGACACAAUCUUAGAAACUUAGAAAGGUGUUACAAAGGCUUUUUUCAAAGGUCAUAGCUAUGUGAUUGUAUUUGAGAAGAGUUGGUUUUAUCUUAAUAAUUCAUUAAACCGAAUUAUUCCAAAACUACAGAAGAGGAUUAGGGCCACUGGAAAAAAAAGUCUUAUUUACGCUAUAGGGGAGAGUGGGGUAAGAUGAGACAUUUUUCAUAUUUCGGAUCACUACAUCAAGGCAAUCAUAAUUUCGUCUCUUACUAGUGUAUCUGCAUGUAUUUCAAGAUGUCGUGCAUUCUUGCAAACCAACAGAAUGAGUUAUGAAAAACAUAACUGUCUUGAUAAUAUAGCAUGCCAAAAAAAGUGGUCAACUUACCCCGUGUAUGGGAGUAAGUUGACCAUAGGAGAGGGCUAAGUUCAGCCGUAUCCCUACCACAAUUGAUGUAUAAAACAAAUUUAAAAUGAUUUUUUUUUUUGUUUGAACACAAUUCUAAUAAAACUUAGGACAGACUAAAUUCACUUUCAAGAGUGAAAAUUUUUUUUUUUUUUUGGGGGGGGAUAAAUGUCUAACCUCUUCACCCAUGUGCUUCUGACCUUCACAGACUCAAUGAAUUGAUGCCCAUCUCCUAAAUAUUUGGUCACAUGAUCAAAUUCUUUUACUGGUUCAAAAAAAACAGGGGGUGGCUCAAUUUACCCUUUGGUUUAACUCACCCCACUCUCCCCUACUGAUAUUAAAUUGACUAAUUUUGUCCUUUAAAUCCAACAAGGAUAACGGCAACAAAAAUGAGCAGUUUUAAUAGGAAGUGAUGCACUGUCCUCCACUGUUGUGAAGAAAUAUUUAAAUUGAGUCCUUCAGUUUCUGACACACAGCGGUCAAGAGUUAAAGAGGAUUUUCAGUUGUUCCGAGUCUUCAGACAGGAGGAGCUAAUCGCCCACAAACCGCUGACGUUACCCGAACAGUCCAGCAAAUAUGGCCAAAGGAGGAGACCCGAGGACCCUCUGCACUCGGUAAGCCUUAAGGUUUCCACUGUCACCAGAUAAAAACUAGAGACCAAACUAACUCCAGCAAGCGCCAGGUCGGAGUUUGUCGGUCACACUGGAACUAGCUUGGCGAAGGUUAAUGCUAGCCAGCGGAGGCAGCUAACAUUAGCUGGCGUUAGCUUUCUGGGUAACAUUUUAGAACAGAACCGGUGUCGCUCAUUCGAGUACAAAAAAACUGACAACUUUUGUGUUUGUGAGAAGUUUGCUGUAUUUUCUUUAACUGUCGAGUGAUUGAGACAUUAUAGAGUUUAAAGGUGUUAAGUCUUGUUGAGUUUAGUGCCACCUGGUCAGAGUUUACCGGUGUUGCUGUAGUGACUCAUGUCCGUCUGCUUUCGUGGCUCUCUGUUGACACUAGCAGGGUGUAUUUACAUUACAGCUGGCAUCCAAACUAACGAGUAACAUAUGUGAAUGAGUACAAAAGCUGUUACUGUUAUUUCUCAGUCUUAUUAUCAUGUAAUACUCUGUUAACUCUGUGUCCCAUCAGUUAAAUCCAUAUAAAUGUGUUAUUUACUAUUCAAAGUUAAACCUUCUUAAUGAGGGUUUGGCUCAAACUAACCUCUGUUGAGCAUACAGUACACAUCAUAAAUACAUAUGUCACGUAGACACAGUCAGAUAGACAAAUAGACCCUCAUUAAACAAAACCUAGAAGUGUAUUAUUUACAUAGUAGUGAAACUCAAACAUUUAAGCUUCUGUGAAUAGAGGAAGGCAAAAAUUUUACACAUAUGAAGCUGAAAUCUGGUUGUUUUGUUAAUUCCAGCGGGUAUAUGAAAAAGCAAAGGUAGGAAAAUGCCCCUUUUUAAUAACUACUACACAUCUAAGAAUUUUAAGGGAUUAUUUACUUAUAUACUGUGUUUUAGCAUCCAGCUGCACCUAAAAAAUGGGCCCCAUUAUAAAGGAAACCUCAACUAAUACAAUAGUCCAAGAACUUUUUGUUCAGUCCCUGCCCCCUCUUCAUCUCACAUAUGCUGAAACUGUACAUUCUGUACCUUUAACAUGUGAGAUUAGCCUGCUCAAACCUGUUCUUUUUGAAUAGAUUUAGUCUUGUGAUUUUAGUCAAAGCUUAGCCCCUUUUUCCAGCUCUAAAGGUAAGGAUUAGAAACUUAAGAUAGUGUAAAGCAAGGAGGGAGGAGGAGACUGUCUGAGAUAUAGAUCUGUUAUUCAUGUGGGUCCGAGGGCUGAGAGGAUGUGGAGUUUGUUGUGGAAUGCGUGCGAAGGAGAUCAGCAUGAUGGUAGCUGCUUGUCCAGGGGAGAAGAGGCGAAGGAAGGGUGAAUAAUUGGAUUCUCUAGUGGGGCUGUGUUCAAUAGUGACAAUAAGGGCAUUAUAUGUUGGCCAAGAGCGUGCUUCUUUGGUGUGUGCUUUAGCUGUAUGUAUGCAUGUGUGUUCAUGAGUGUCUUAUUGAAGGGGCGUGAGCUUGUUUAGAAAGCAGCUGAAGAGGCAGAAAACAGGGAAUAAUGCUCUCCAUCUGUAUGAGAUUUAAAGUUGUGUUGUUCACUUCAGUAAUGGCCUCUUGGCACAUUUGGUCUCCUCCGUGGUUGGUGUUUACACUUACAUCUCUGAGAACACUGUCAUUUAGGCUGGGAUUGCUCGAUAAAUGGAGACUAACUUCUUGUUGACGCUGUUGGGACAUCUAUUCUGGGUUGCCAAAUGAUCAUGAUUUAUCUGCUUAAUUACAUAAGUGCACCGCCGCUUCAGUCCCACCUAGAAUUUGCUUCAGCUUUACCACAAUGUGUAGCUCACAUUAUGUAGACUGUGUUUGUUUUUGUGCCUACUUUGUGUCAUGUUGUAAGCAGGUAAUUCCUUUUUCAGAUAAUGGCUUACUAGACUGUGGGGAAAUACCAAAACAAAGAUCCAGAAUACUAACAGCUUGGUUUUUGCUUUACAAGUAUUUUAAAGUUUUGACUGACCACUAACUGAGAUGAAGCUGAUAUUCUUUGUUGUUGGUUGUCCUUGACAACAGAAAGGUCGAGGGCCACCUUGGCACUCUUGUUCUCACCUCUCAUAUUUCAGUGACAAGCGUCUCUGUUUCUAUACAACAAGCUUAUGUGAAAGCAGGCAUGUUAACGCUCUACUGUCUUUUUGGGGGAGGUGAAUGAAACAUCACAGUUCCUUUAUGGCAAUAUUCUGACCUCAUAGUUUUUGUCAUUUUGUUAGUUUUCAGAGGCAAUACUGACCCUUCUCUGCUCUAGAUAGACCUUCAGAGGAAAUUGUAGAUCGCAUUUCUCUUAUUAUUUGCACAGUUUCAGAUUUGGUAGUUUGCUGGAAUUAUGUGUCAAACUGUAGAUGAGUCCCUGUUACUGUAACUUUAAUAAGAAGGCUAAAUGAAGUACAAAGAAGUGAACAGACGACAGGGUAGGGCUGGGCGAUAUGGCCUCAAAUCAAUAUUACGUUAUAUUGAGCAGUUCACCUCAAUAACAAUAAAUGGACGAUAACUACUCCACAAGCUGCUCACCCCCUCCCACAUUAACUUUGUCUACUUCAGCAGCUACAACUUUUGAACCGUCCUCCAUCUCCUCACCUGUCUUUCCCUCUUUGUAACAGACUGGAUGGUGUGGAGUCACGUCUCUAACAUAGGACAGCGUCUUACAGGGACAUGAGACCAUAGCCUACCUACACACAUCCAAAACAAACUUUUGUUUAUUGUUUUGACACCAAAUAUAUUGACAUGGGCAAAAUGACGUUGGUUAUUGACGUAAAUUUUGGUAUUGGUAAAUUUUCGGUUUAUUACCAAGCCCUAUGACAGACAGGGUGAUAAGGCAAAUUAUUUUCAGAUGCAACAAGAUGACAGAAAGCAGAAACCUCCAACAGGACAAAACACUUUAAUAUGUAAUCUUGUCUGCACAGAAUGAUGUAAGGUGUGUAUCAUCAUGUAUUCUUGUGCCGAGCAUUUAUCAUACACUUAUGACCUGGGAGUUCUUCAUUUACUCAGCACACUCCUGGAAAACCAAAUAUCACUCUGUUAUCAUGUUAUAACGGAGUUGCUCGAACAGAAACAUCAUCCUGAGCUUAGAUGGUUAUUAAAUAACUUCCUAAAAAUAUGUCCACGAAGAAGAAAUGUUUACAUUAUCUCAAAGUUAAAUCAGAGUGCAGUCUAGUUUGCUUCUGUGUAAGUUGGAUGUGGUGUAAACUUUAAGGGUUUUCGCCCGUGUUGAACAAUACCACAAAAUUUCAUCGAUAUUUAACUUAAGGCACGUAAGGCAUGUACUACACCCAUAUACAUCUAAGCAUUUCACUGACUGUACAGAUAGCACCACCUUAUUGGUAGAGAUGGUAAUCCCCUCAGAUCCAAUAACUUGACAUUAACCUAUGAACUGAGCAUGGUUUAUCUGAAGUCCCACUGUCCUUGGCAGAGCUGGUCCAAGGCAUCAGUGAGCUAAACACCUGCUUAGGACCCUUCAACAAUCAAUAUUAUUGGCAGAAAUUGAGGGCACUAAAAUCAAAUUUGAGGCUCGGGAUGUAGGACGUGCCAGCAGCCUACUCAGCGUGCACAUUAGAGGCUGUGCAUGAACAACACAACAAAGCUGUGUUGUGAACAAAGAACAAUGAGAACAAAAGCCUUUUUUUUCCUACAUGCUUUCUUCUUCCCCCCGAAUUCAGGCUUUCAUCCUCUGCAGCUAUUGUUUUCAUCUUUUCAUCUUUUUUAAUUCAAACUUGAGAAAAAGUUUCCCUGAAAUUAACAGCACAUUACCGUUAUAAAUCGUGAUCAAAUUCCUCUAUAAUGAGUUCUUUUCCAGGUCACUGUAUGGAGCACCAUGUCAUGAACUUUAACUCUGCUUUGAAUAGAUAAAGAAAUACUGUGGAUUAAGUGCAGUGGGUUUCUUUACGUAAAGAAUUUGGGAUUAAAUUUUCAUUUUGCUGUUGUUUUUCUUCUCUCUGCUCUUUGUCCAAUCCCAGGCUCUAGUGGUUUUCAACUCCAGUCCAAGCCAAAGAGGGAAAAUGACAACAAAACUUCCAUGACCUCCUUUAGCGUAGCCGUCCGAGGCCUUCCCCUGGCCUUGGCGUCCAUGAAACAAGCCACCACCUCGGACUCACGCUUCCACCCUAAAUGGCGAGCGAUCACUGUGGCCACCCUACUUGGUUUGGUGCUCAUGCUGUACCUACACAGGACGGUAGGGGACAGAGAUACCGCGCCGAGUGGAUAUUACCACAACAGGGCUUCAGGUUUGCAAAUUCAUCAUGAAGGUGGGGAUGACCCCUUCAGGGACUCUAACAGACAAGCUGCCCUGAGUCUUCCCCGACACAAGAGAAGGGAAAAACCCUACAAUGACACUUACCCAUUGAGUCCACCCCAGAGGACAAGUCAGGGGAUACGUUACCGCAUCGCUGUGAUCGCUGAUCUGGACACAGCCUCCAGGAGCUCUAAAGACCAGACAUGGAUCAGCUACAUGAAAAGAGGUUACCUGACUGUGUCAGACAGCGCAGACAUGCUGCAAGUGGAGUGGGAUGCCGAGAGGGUCACUCUGGAGAGUCACCUGGCUGAGAAAGGACGAGGUAGGGAAAUCCGUACACACUGGUCCGUCAUUGUUUGGUAUAAAACUUCUGCUGUUUACGUGUUCAGCAUGUUGAUUUCCUUCAUGUUCGAUUGAUUGCAGGUAUGGAGCUGUCUGAGCUGGUUGCCUUUAAUGGUCACCUGUACAGUGUAGAUGACCGUACAGGUGUUGUAUACAGAAUUGAGGGCAAUCAGGCUGUUCCCUGGGUUAUUUUACCGGACGGUGAUGGCUCUGUCUCUAAAGGUUAGUGGCGUUUUUGUUUAAAGCACUCAAAAGUCUCAAUGUUUUUCUGCUUCAAUUCUGACUGGUACAACAAUAAAGCAUAGUCUGAACAGAAACAUCUGGGUCAUAUCAGGCCCUUUGCCCUUUAGCACAUGUAUGAUGCAGUCCAUCCAGUAAAGAGAAGAGAAAGGAGAAAAUACAAAAAACAGAAACCCCAAACUUUGUUGAUGGGCCAAGAUAUCAAGAUAUCCCUUUCAGUUUGCAUUAAAGGCAUGGUUGACGAUCUGAGAAGCAGUUGAAAAAAACUGAGCCAUUGAGGCAGAUUUGAAAUAAUCCUGCUCCACGAUAACUUCUCACAGAACCUGAAUCGCCCUCCCCACGACACACCCCCUCUGACAGAGCAAGAAGCUGGCUGACAGAAGAUCCUACGCUAGCUUCAACUAGGAUUCACCAUGUCAGAUUGCGUGUGACUAGCAGCAGUAAAUGCCAGCUCCGAUAGCGAGCACCAUCUGCAGCUGCCUGGACAGCUACUGUGUUGACAUUGCAGAGAAUGAUAAGAGUUAGUUAUGUAACAUGUGCCCCGAUAAAAGGUGAUAAAAAUUACCUGUUCAACAAGAACUCUGCUGUCUCGGCGUCUGUUUUCAGGCCCAAAUCCUGGUGGAGCUUUCUCCACCGAUCGAAGGAUCACCCGAUGUUUAUUCAAGUUAGAUUUCUCUUGGUCACAUUUCCUCUUUGUCUCUGCCCCGUCUUCUGUCGUUUGCGUUUUCUUCCCACUUUUGGUAUUGGGGCAAGCAGAACUGUUUUUUUUUUUCCGUCCUUCUCAAUCACAGCUCCUGUAGCUAAGCUGCUACGCUACUUUUAGCCGCUCAGAGCUCCGAGGAGGGGCAGUAGAGUGGGAGGCGACGAGUUGGAAAUUUGGGAGAGGGGUGUGUCAAAUACAGCGAGGUGAUUGGAUGGAGAGGAGGAGCAGGAGAUUGACCAAUAGGAGCUGUCCGGGACUGAUGGCUCCCAUUGGUCAAUGUUUUUGCAGCCCUGCACCUGCUGGGGUUUCCAUUCUUUUUUUCUCUUGACUUUGUGGAGAUUGCACUAUAGGACCAUGAUCGCCAUAUAAGCGAGGUUCAUAAUAAUUACCAAUCUCUCCAAUCGUCAACCAUGCCUUUAAAUCUCAGUAGAAAACUAAGAGUGACUUCAUCUAUUGAAGACAUGGUGCUUGUUUUCUUACCCGUCUCUUCUGUUCCUCUGUGAAGGAUUCAAGGCAGAGUGGCUGGCGGUGAAGGAUGAGCACCUGUAUGUUGGCGGCCUGGGGAAGGAAUGGACCACGACCUCAGGGGAGGUUGUCAACAACCACCCAGAGUGGGUGAAAGUUGUUGGUUAUCAUGGUGACGUGAAGCAUGAAAACUGGGUGCCACAUUACAACGCCCUGAGAGGAGCAACAGGGAUCCAACCACCAGGUUUGUGUCUAAUUAGAACCGUGUCUUAACAGAUGAAGAAGAGUGUAAAAAUGUUUCCACUUCAAAAAAUAAAACUUGCAGGGACAAACUCGUCCUGUAAAUGGUGCUCACAUUUUCAUACAGUUUCAUGAUACUCAGGUCGCUCGUUCAGUCAUCUCUCCUUUACUUCUCUCCCUGUCCAAAGGCUACCUUAUCCACGAAUCAGCAGCAUGGAGCGAGCGUCUCCAGCGAUGGUUCUUCCUCCCUCGCCGUGCCAGCCACGAGCAUUACGACGAGACAGCAGACGAGCGGCGUGCCACAAACCUCCUCCUAUCCUGCCCUGCAGACUUCAGUCACAUAACAGUGCGCCACGUUGGACCGCACAACCCCACACACGGCUUCUCCUCCUUCAAAUUUGUCCCGGACACAGAUGAUCAGAUCAUCGUGGCUCUGAAAUCCGAGGAGGAUGCAGGCAGGAUCGCCACAUACAUCAUCGCAUUUACGCUUGACGGUCGGGUGCUGAUGCCCGAGACAAAGAUAGGAGAUGUAAAGUAUGAAGGGUUUGAGUUUAUUUGAAGAAGCAAGGCUGCCGGGUUUCACGCACACACCAACAGGAUUGUAUCAAGUGCUAAUUACUACAUUCCCCUCCAGUUCUACUGUGCAAUAAGACAAGUGACCCAAAGUUUAAGAUUUAGUAAUUAUUCUGAUAACUGAGAGGAUGAAGAGAAGGAAGCAGGAGGAGGAGAGUAUCAGACCACCACAAAACACAAACUCUCUUUCCAGUUCAGCAAAGGUGUGAAUAAAGUUGUUGGCAUUUUCACACACCAGUCAGAAAAGUCCGGUAGACAAACACCAGAUGAGUUUUCUCAUAUUUUUCCAGGGGUAACAACAUCCUUUCAUAGAUUGCAGACUGAUACUUUUAUUAACCAUUAAAAACUUAUUUACACACUAAUGAUAUUUGAGAAGAGUUGGGGAGGAAAUUUAAAAUGAAUGCCUGUUGUUUACUGAGGGUAAAUCGCGGAGCAAGUCUGACACACCCAGGUUUCUCUGGAAAGCCUGACACGCCCGUUAAAUUAACGGGUAUCACAGGUGUGGUUAUGAGCGGUCUCUCAGACUUUCUUCUUCAGACCCUGUGUGUGCUCACAGAGAGCAACAUGUUUAUCACAAUAUUUGAUGUUUUAUGCACGAGGAAGAAUGAUUGCCAGCUGGAUGGUUCGGAUAGAUUGAAAUAGAAAACAAAUCCUGGUCUAGACCAAGUUUUGAGUUUGGAGUAAGUUGGUAUAAAGGGAUACUCCGGUGAAAAUUGUUAUGGUCAAACACACCAUAACACCGAGUUAGACACCCCCUUGAGAGAUGAAUGUUGCCGACUGCUUGCUUCUCUAGUUAUACCAACUUAAGUAACAACCACACGAUAGCAAAACACAGCGGUAUACGUCUCCACGCACAAAUCAUUUCCUUGAAGAAAGAAUCAUCAUAAAAAUCAUUUUACACUGCAGACGUGGUAGUUUUUCUGCCUUAGCAUCUCGGUCUGAUUGCAUUUCCAUGAAGUAAUGAUCACAAAUGUUCUUCCUUGAGCUGUGAAACUCCGCUGCACUCGGUGAUCGACUUAUCAGGGCUCCCAGCGGCUGCUGGAGGAGAGUGGGUGAGUUGUGUUUAGUCUCUUUGCUAAAGAAACCAGGCAAAGCUAAAAUAUGUUUGGCUGGGACCCUAUAUGUACUGUUGAUGAAGUUAGGUGCUGUUCUGAGCAUUAUUUGUGGCUAUAGAGUGGUGUUUUGGUUGAGAUUUGCGCGUGGAGACAUAGGCCGCUGUGUAUUGCUAUCGUGCGGACGCUGCUGAAGUUAGUAUAAAUAGAGAAGGAAGCAGUUGGCCAUAUUCAUCUCUCGAAGGGGUGUCUAACUCUGUGUUAUGUUGUGUUUGACCCUAACUUAAAUUUAUGCCAGAAUAUCCCUUUGAGCUCAACAGUUGAUACUAUACCCCUGCUUAUACUCUAAUCUCUCUUCAUGUGACGUGGAUCUCCUCUUCUGCAGUCAGACUCUGCUGGUCAGACACUCAGGGGCACAAAGUGAAACAGAUUCAAACAGAGUGAAAAAAAACAGAAGACAGAAUAUCCUUUUAUACUUGAACUACAAAACCGAUUACUUUCUGAUUUGCCUUCUCUGUUCAGACACACUGACGUUAUAUUUAUCAGUUUUAUAUUUAUGGACUGUGUCUAUUCUUUUAAUGCAUAACUCCUGCUGCCUCAUUAUCCAUGUCAAAUAUUUGCUCAGAUAUUUAGUGAAACUGAACACUAUUUGCUUCUUAAACUACAGGAAGACAAGCAAUUUAAGAUUCAACUGUUGGCAUAAUGUUGUUGAGUUUACACUCUCUCUCAAACACAAAGAAUUAAAAUAUCUACUCUUUGUUGA